AUGGCCAAAGAGAUUGUAGCCAUACAUAAGCAUGGAAAAUUGAGCUUUCUAGGUGGCAAAGUUGUGGUCACCGCUGAGUUUGAUGGUUGUAAAAUCCAAGGGAGAAUUCCAGAUGAAGUUGGGAACUUAAGCAGCUUAUUAGACCUUAGAAUUUCUGGAAACAACUUGGUUGGAUCGAUUCCCUCAACAAUUGGCAACUUGAGAAAGCUUCAGCACUUCGACUUAACUAAUAACAAAUUAACAGGAUUUAUUGGAGAUCAUAUAUGUAAAUUGCAGCAUUUGGGUGAUAUUUACUUGGGUAAAAAUCAACUUUCAGGAUUUCUUCCUAAUUGUUUAGGGAAUAUUACUUCCCUUAGGGAGAUACAUCUUGGUUCCAAUAAAUUGAGUUCCAAUAUACCACCAAGCUUAGGGAACCUUCAAGAUCUAGUAGUUCUUGACUUAUCAUCAAACAAGAUGGUAGGUUUUUUACCUCCAGAAAUUGGAAAUCUAAAGGUUGUGACACUGAUAGAUCUGACAAUGAAUCAAUUCUCAAAUGAAAUUCCUAGAAAAAUUGUAGGAUUGCAAACUCUGGUGCACCUUUCUUUGAAACAUAACAAAUUGCAAGGAUCUAUACCUGACUCAAUGAGCAACAUGGUAGGUUUGGAAUUCCUAGACCUUUCUCAUAACAAUAUAUCUGGAAUCAUUCCUAUGUCUUUGAAGAAACUUAAAAACCUGAAAUAUUUCAAUGUUUCUGUCAACAAGUUGUAUGGUGAAAUACCCUCAAGUAGUCCUUUCAAGAAUCUCCCGAGUCAAUUUUUCAUCAACAAUGAAGCAUUGUGUGGUUCUUCAAGGUUUAGUGUCCCUCCAUGCCCCACUUCAUCAAAACAUAGAUCUAAUAGCAAAAAAGUUCUUGUUCUUUUUCUUUUGCUGGGAAUUGCACUAGUAUUUGUUCCUAGCAUCUUUGUGUUUUUAUGGAAAAGGUAUAGAAAAGGUAAAAGAGCUCUUCAACAACCUGAUUCAUUGGCUGCCAUAACAAGAGAAAGAAAUUCAUACUAUGAACUGCUUCAAGUAACUGAUGUGCUUCGCGAGAGUAAUCGGAUUGGUUCAGGAAGUUUUGGCUCUGUUUACAAAGGUGUUCUCAGAAGUGGAACUGCCAUUGCAGUCAAAGUGUUCAAUCUGCAACUAGAUGCGGCAUUCAAGCGCUUUGAUAUGGAAUGUGAAGUUCUGCGCAGCCUUCGCCAUAGGAAUCUAGUAAAAGCCAAUACUAGUUGUUCCAACCUUGAUUUUAAGGCUUUAGUUCUCGAGUAUAUGCCUAAUGGAAGUAUUGAAAAGUAUUUGUAUUCGCACAACUACUUCCUAGACAUUAGGCAGAGGCUAAGCAUAAUGAUAGAUGUGGCAUGUGCAUUGGAAUAUCUUCACCAUGGGUGCUUGUCCCCUGUGAUCCACUGUGAUUUGAAGCCUGGUAAUGUCUCUCUGGAUGAGGACAUGGUUGCCCACCUAAGCGAUUUUGGGUUAUAUUGCGCCGGGAGAAAGCCUAAUGAUUUUCAGGGAGAUCUUAGCUUGAAGCAAUGGGUGAGUCAUUCACUCCCAGAGACAGUAAUGGACGUUCUAGAUGCCAACUUGAUAACACCAAUGAAUAAUCGCUUACAGAAUGAGCUAGAUGUUGUAGCAUCAAUCAUGAAAGUAGCAUUAGAUUGUUGUGCCGAAUCUCCAGCAGGAAGGACUAACAUGAAAGAUGUUCGUGAUUCUGUUGCAAUAAAUCUGCUCGUAUGGACUUUACAUGGUGCAGCCUUUUGA